CGCGGGAAUCCCGGGGCCGCCCCCUUUCCUCGCCCCUCAGCUUCUCGCCAUGGCCCCUGCGCUUCUCUUGGUUCCUGCUGCCCUCGCCUCUUUCGUUCUAGCCUUUGGCACCGGAGUGGAAUUCGUGCGCUUUACCUCCCUUCGGCCACUUCUUGGAGGGGUCUCGGAGGCUGGCCCCGAUGUCCGGCAGGGAUGGUUGGCUGCCCUGCAGGAUCGCAGCAUUCUUGCCUCCCUGGCAUGGGAUCUGGGGCUCCUGCUACUAUUUGUGGGGCAGCACAGCCUCAUGGCAACUGAGACAGUGAAGGCAUGGUCGUCUCGGUACUUUGGGGUCCUGCAGCGGUCACUGUAUGUGGCAUGCACUGCCCUGGCCUUGCAGCUGGUGAUGAGGUACUGGGAACCUGUACCCAGAGGUCCUGUGCUGUGGGAGGCUCGAGCUGAGCCAUGGGCCACCUGGGUGCCCCUGCUCUGCUUUGUGCUCCACAUCAUUUCCUGGCUCCUUAUCUUCAGCAUCCUUCUCGUCUUUGACUACGCUGAGCUCAUGGGCCUCAAACAGGUGUACUACCAUGUUCUCGGGCUGGGGGAGCCACUGGCCCUGAAGUCCCCCCGGGCUCUGAGGCUCUUCUCCCAUCUUCGCCACCCAGUGUGUGUGGAGCUGCUGACCAUACUGUGGGUGGUGCCCACCCUGGGCACUGAUCGCCUCCUCCUUGCUCUCCUCCUCACCCUCUACCUGGGCCUAGCUCAUGGGCUGGACCAACAUGACCUCCGCUACCUCCGGGCCCAGCUACAAAGAAAACUGCACCUGCUAUCCCGUCCCCAGGAUGGGGAGGCUGAAUGAAGAGCUAACUUCUGGUUCCAAGCCCUGUACUUCCUCUUCCCCUCAAAUUCUAAAUCUGUCAACAUCCAAGUGCUGGCUACUUCGGGCCAGAGGCCCCAAACUCUGAACUGCAGGGCCUGGUCCUUCCCCUACUUGAGACUCCAUUUCCUGAGGUCAGCUCCAUACCCUAAAUUCAGAGUUUUAGUCAUUGGACUCGAAGGUCCACUUCUCACCAGCUAGGGCCCUCUCCUCUCCCUAAAGAGGCUGGUGUGGAACUCAUCUGUCCCCUCACCAUUUGGGGAUUGAGCUUGAGCGCCCCCUUCCAGCGCCUACACCACAAGGGAAAGGAUCCGCCUUGACCACUCCCCUGGCACUGUUGCUCAGGGAUCCCCCUUCUCCAAAGCUGGCUUCAGUCCCAAGGAACUGGAUCAGAGUCUGCAAGUUUGACUGUACUGGGCGUCCCUCCAGGGCCCACGCCUCGAGGCUCCAUCUCCAGCCCUUAUUAUCCUCUCCACCCGCCCUGUCUUUCCACCGUCCUAGGUCCCGCCACUGGUCACUUUCCCCUGGGCCUCGUUGAGGGGACUCUCCCGCUCUUGUUUUGGAUAGCUUAGGGCUCCCUGCUUCCCCGAGGUACACGCGUUACAGGAAAAUAAAAUUUAGCCUGACUUUUCUACAUCUGACAUGCAAUCUUUAGUGUCUCUCAGGCUGCAGGAAUGGGUUUGGGAAGGAAGGAGAGCGGGAAGCUGGCCGAGACAAACGCAGAUCUGGGCGACCACUUCUCGCGGACCCGCCGCCACUUGCCCGGAGCUGCCGAGUUCCCCUUCCUUCACAACCCCAAUUCUGUUGCAGACCAGGGGACUCAUGGGAGAGGGGGCUGCUACUCUGGUUGGAGAGCGAGCUCCCAAAGCUGUUGGCCUGGUGCGCCUGUCCCGUCCUCCCCCCUCGCCCCGGGGCCCAUUCGCAUGGGCCCGGACAGCGGGGCAGCAGUAGCCCUCGACCCCUCAGUAACAAAGGCUGUCGGGGGAAGGCAAAGGCAUGGGGAGGAGCGGCAGGAGAUGGGAAGGGCGGGCCCGGCUCGAAGCAGCUGCAGCUUCCUCCUCAAGUCCCUCGA